CGAAGUAGGUCGGGGAGGGGCGAGGCGCUUGCGUGUCCUGACCUGGUUCCCUGCCGUCUAUCAGAGCUCCUAAAUGGAGGGUCACAAUGAAGGCCCAGGCUCAGGAUGGGCUGCUAAGAGGACCACGCGGGGCUGGAGCCGGAGAGCCCGGGAGAGCGCUGGGCAGAUGUCGGAGCCGGCCAAGACCCAGCUGAGCCAGGACCUGGGUGGGAACGCCCUGGCCAUCGACUCACUGCCAGAUAACAGGACCACAGUGGUGGAAGAUCACCACAGCUACUAUGUGUCCCGUCUGUAUGGUCCCAGCGAGCCCCGCAGCCAGGAACUGUGGGUGGAUGUGGCUGAGGCCAACCGGAGCCACGUGAAGGUCCACAGAAUACUCUCCAACACCCACCGGCAGGCUUCGAGAGUGGUCUUGUCCUUUGAUUUCCCUUUCUACGGGCAUCCUCUGCGGCAGAUCACCAUAGCAACUGGAGGCUUCAUCUUCACGGGCGACGUGAUCCAUCGGAUGCUCACGGCUACUCAAUACGUGGCGCCCCUGAUGGCCAACUUCAACCCGGGCUACUCAGACAACUCCACCAUUGCUUACUUCGACAAUGGGACAGUCUUUGUUGUUCAGUGGGACCACGUCUACCUCCAAGGCCGGGAAGACAGGGGCAGCUUCACCUUCCAGGCUGCUCUGCACCGAGACGGCCGCAUUGUCUUUGGCUACAAAGAGAUCCCAAUGUCAGUCCUGGAAAUCAGCUCCUCCCAGCAUCCCGUCAAAGCAGGCCUGUCGGACGCCUUCAUGAUUCUCAAUCCGGGCCCCGAUGUACCAGAGUCUCGGCGAAGGACGAUCUUCGAGUACCACCGUGUGGAGCUGGAUCCCAGCAAGAUCACCAGCAUGUCGGCCAUGGAAUUCACCCCGUUGCCAACCUGCCUGCAGCAUCCAAGCUGCGACGCCUGCCUGUCCUCGGACCUGACCUUCAACUGCAGCUGGUGCCACGUCCUCCAGAGGUGCUCCAGUGGCUUUGACCGCUACCGCCAGGAGUGGCUGUCCUACGGCUGUGCCCACGAGGCAGAGGGCAGGGUGUGCGAGGACUUCCAGGACGAGGACCAUUACUCGGCCUCCCCUGACAGUUCCUUCAGCCCCUCUGAUGGAGACCUCACCACCACCUCCUCCUCCGUCUUCCUUGACAGCCUCACCACGGAAGAUGACACCAAGUUGAAUCCCUAUGCAGGAGAAGACAGCCUUCAGAACACUCUGUCCCCCAAGACAAAGGGCGCCCCCGUGCACCUGGGCACCAUCGUGGGCAUCGUGCUGGCGGUCCUCCUCGUAGCGGCUAUCAUCCUGGCUGGGAUUUACAUCAACGGCCACCCCACUUCCAAUGCCGCGCUCUUCUUCAUUGAGCGGAGACCUCACCACUGGCCGGCCAUGAAGUUCCACAACCACCCCAACCACUCCACCUACACGGAGGUGGAGCCCUCGGGCCACGAGAAGGAAGGCUUCGUGGAGGCUGAGCAGUGCUGAGGACGCCAGGCCUCCCUUCGGAGGGGAGGAAAGAAGGCCUGGGGCCCGCAGAAGAGACAGUUAAAGAGGCCAAGUGGCUUUUCCUGGCCUCUCCCAGGUGCCCUGGGUCGAGAGGAUGCUGUGAUGGUUUAUGGCUGCAGGGCUGCAGCCUCGGCCUCACACCCCAGAUACCGGCAAGGGGGCAGAGAAGCGACCACGUGGGCUUUGUAAGGGAACAGUGACCUAAUCGCAUCCUGUUUCCAUGCAAGGGCUCUCCCCUUCAAGAUCUCAAUGGUCUACACUGUCACAGUCCCUGAGACAGCCAGAUGCCCUGCUCCCCAUCACCUAAAGCCCCUGCAUAUGACCCAAAUGAACUAAAGUCUAAACCGGGCUGCUGUGUGCCGGGGUCCACAGACUCAAGGGCUGGUCCUCAUGGCUGCAGGCAGCAUGUCGGCCCUGACUUCGAUGGCUAGUCAAGUCUGAAGAAGGUUCUCUCUGUGUGUUCAACACAGGCAGGGCCACUUCUGAGCCUCGGGACAUGUCAUCAUGGGAGGAAAGCCAAACAAGAGUAAAAAACUUGUAGGGAGGGAUGGCAUCUAUAGGUUUUGCACCUGUACCCUGUUCUUUCUGCUCAAAACCAGAAACUUCUGCAUUCAAACCUGUGUAGCUGACAUCCUGGGCUCCACCAUGGCCCACAGCCCAGUCUCCCCCAGGCCCAUGCACAGCCCCGGUUACCACGUCGGGCUCCUUAUUCCAGAGACAUAUUUGGUAUCCAGUUUAUUCACUGGCCCGUUCCUCUGUCAAUGCCAAUCCAUAUCUCUAAAGACAGGGCUUGCCCAACUCACAUUGUCCUCCCCUGAACUGGAUUUUAUAACCACUGAAGACAAAUGGGGUGACUAGGGAGCUCCUUAGACGCGCUUGCGAGAACUUCAGGGAGAUUCUGUUGAGACACAAGGUGCUGGGAUAUUUGGGACACCAGCAGCUGGCAUGCAUGGAGAUUAGGGACUUUCCACAAGACCUUGACCUGGAAAGUUGCCGCCCUUGACCCAGCUCCACAAGAAGUUUUUGGGACAGGGAGUUUAGGCUCCCAGAUUUCACCUGGUUUGAAGAGUAUUCUUUCCCAGUGAUGAGUUGGAGCUAUUUCUGGAAGGGCAUUUAAAUAGCAUCUAAGGUUGGGCGUGGUGGCUCACAUUUAUAAUCCCAGCACUUUGGAAGGCCGAGGUG